AUUUUAGAUAAAUUAGUUGUAGAAAUCUUGUUUAAACGGCAUCUUUUUUGGCAAAAAUACGCUGGAAAACCUUUUAAGAAAAAUGACUCUUUUCGGGUUUUAUUCAUUUCAAUUCUACCGCUUUAAUAGUUAUUGGCAACGCCGGUCACAGCAUUCCAAUGACGUUUUACAUAAUUACGCUCGUUUUCUUCCCAGUUGUGUCCACAGAUUACAGAGUAAUAACCUCUGUGAUCUGUGCUUCGGUCUAUAGGGGCUGUCGGAUAAGUACACUGACGAGGGUUUGUUUGGCAACUAACCUCGAAACUUUGACAGGCAAUUAAUACUGCAAGGAAAAUGUUGAUUUCCUUGCGAGGCGACCACAAAGAGCACCUCAAGCUGCUGCUAACGCAACCCGAGUCAGUGGUGAGCGAUUUUUGCAAACUGGCUUUGGCCUAUAUGGAAAAAGGCCCCAAUGCAAAGCUCUACAAGACCGCAGCCUCCAAACUCAACCUGCCGGUUGACGACAUCCAAAACUGCGUCUACGGUCUGGUCAAUUUGCUGCUGAUCGCCUGCAAACACCAGCUAAGUGACGCAGACUUCAGAGAUUCAGUGCUCACUCUGGGCUUCACUGAGCAGCUGCAGGCAGUUCUGAGCGAGUUCUACAAGGAAAGACAAGCCGAGGUGCUUCAGGUGCAGCGCACAGGGCUGGUGGAGCCUCAUUACCACGACCUGCAGUGGCGAUUCGAAGUGCAAGUGGCUUCAAGGGCGCUGCCACAGCAGGUCACGCCGUUGGUUACGAUGGAUUUGGCCCUCAGAACGGAGCAAAGUGGGGCGGACCCCAACAUUACCCACACCCUGCUGCAAACGGAUCCCACCAAUUUGAUGCAUCUGGCCAAUGAGCUGCAAGCUGCACUGGAUGAGUCCAGGAGUCGGCAUUGCAGGAAAAUCCACCGGAUUCUCACCAAUCGCCAACUGCAGUCGUAAAGCUUUUCUAAUAAAAAAGCCGCAGUUUGAGAAGGUACAGGGUGAUCAAAAAAAUCAACAUUGUCAACAUUCUAUUCGAAGUCCGGAGCGUUCACUUGCAGUAACCUUGUCUUAUGUGGAUUUCUCCUUCGGCGGGCUCAAAGCCUUUCUCCUCUGUCCGAACAUGUACAUGUACAGUUGCGGGAACACUAAGAAAGCCCAAAUAAAACCAA